CAUUUGACAACAUCAUGCAUUUGGAGUUUGACAGUGAAUGCCAAUUAUUGUCAUUGUCAAUGUCAUCUUUAGUUGACGUCCGUGAUCGUCAAAAAAAUAUAUAAAAUCCAUAGUCGAAAGGUGAAUGUUCAAAUUCGAUUUCUUCUAUUAUAUUAUUUACACACCGUUAUUAAAAUGAGCUGACGUGGAUCUAGUUCGAAUACAUUAACCUAUGCAUUCCAGUUUGUGGUAGCUCAAACGUGAUAAGCGAAAUAAUGGCCGGCGCGCCAGUGAAGUUAGGUUCAAUUUUGUCGUUUUGUAUUGUUUUAUAUGCAGUGUUUUAUAGAAAGGAUAACUUUGGGGACGUAAGGCUUUCGCCUGUGAAACAACAUCUGCUUGAUUUGGAGCGUGAGAAUAAAGUGGGUGCCGGUGUAAAUCAGCCUAGAGUUGCUCUUGGUUACGGAGCUUGCCACGAUCUGUUUGUGAAUGCAACCUCUUUAUUAAACGCGAAGGAUUUGAAAGGGAGCCCUGAACAUUUCAACGAGAUAUCCAGCAAAGAGGAAUUUCUCAAGAGCUUCACAUAUUUCUUCAAACAUGGUGCUGCAGCCGAGAGAUUUAUGUCAAACAGCAAACUGUAUGACGAACUUGUGGAGGAAUCUCUAAAGUUGCCAGACUCCAGAUGGGCUAUAGGAGGCAAUGCACCUCUAAUGGCAAAGAGGUUCUACAUCGAAGGCUGGAAAGUUUUGCUUGGUGCAAAAAUGAGUAACAAAUUAAAAAAAUUAAUCCCAAAUGACAUACAAAUAGUUGGCAGUGAAGACACAGAAGUACGUGACGAUGUUCACAUGAUACUAGAGUACAAAACAGAUGAGACUUUUGGUCCGUACAAAUCCCCCCGAGCUAACAGAUACAUCAUGCAUAAUGAUGAGAACAAUCCAUUGUUGACAUCCCUAGAAAUGUUAGGGGAACACUUGCCAAAAUUCAAUCCUAAUUUACUAGUCAUUAGUGGGUUGCAGAUGAUGGAUAAUUUUCCAUUUAAACAAGAUGGCAGAGAUCUAAGAGCAGAACGGCUGGAUUUAGUUAAGAAACAAAUUUUGUCUCAACCAUUGAACACACUGUCUCAUUUCGAAAUGGCAAGCUAUGUAGAUUUAGAGUUACUAUUACAUUUGACAACAAAAAUCUUGCCCUAUGUUGAUUCAGUUGGUAUGAAUGAACAGGAACUAUCUAACCUUAACAGUGUAUUAGAGCACGGAGAAGUUAUCGUUGUUGCCGAUUCAAAUCCUAGAGUGGCGACAGCGUUGGACCAAUUACGUAAAACAUUCCAACUAAUAAGACAAAAGAACAAAGAGCACGGUAGCAAGAGGAAGCUAACGCGUAUACAUGUACACACAUUGGCUUACCAAGCUAUAUUAACCGUUAAAGGUUCCGAAUGGAAGCGAACUAAGGCAGCCGCAGCCAAAGCUUCGUUAACAGCACAUAGAUAUGUCUGCAAUAGCCAAAACAUAGAGUUAGAUAAGUGCAAGUUGCUGCUAGACGACAGUUUUUCAACAACCACAGAAGACAAUAAUAACAGUAGGGUGUUUUUUGAACCGACAAAACCAGUUGCAUGCUGGGAUGAAGUUUUGGACAACGAUGAGGUAGAAAUAUGUGUUGCUCCUGUACUAAUUUGUACGGAGGCGCAGUUGACGGCUGGAGCUGGUGAUAAUAUUUCUGCUGCAGGUUUAGUUUUACAAGUGGAGAAAUAAUCUAAGUCAUUCUAUUUAAUUGUGGUGGACAAUGGUGGAUCAAAUGUCUCUAUUAUUUUACUAUAGAGCACAUUAUCUUUGAGCAAUUUAGUUGUUAAGGAAUUUGGCUUAUAUGGUAAAUACAACUUAUUUAUUACAAUGAUAUAGAUAAUAUCUUCAGCUAUCAAAAAGGGUUAGCCUAGAAUAAUUAUAGACUUCUAAGUACAGUUUUUCACAGCAAAUUAAUUUAAUGUUCAAUAGCACAAUCUUCUUUUAUGCAAGACUGGAUAUCUAUACAUUAAUUUCAUCUUUUUAUUUAUAGAAAACAAUUGCCACUAAAAGAUGCCAGUAAUUAAUUUGUAAUUACUUGUUAAACAAUGUGUUUCUCAACUUUGGUAACGAAUUAAUUAUUGCAAGUGGGCUCUGAUUAUUGCAAAGCAGUUUUUGGGACUAGGUCUCUAUUCUGUGUUAAAUUUUAUAAAUGUGCAAGAAUAGAUCAAUCAGUAUAUCAACUCACAAAAUAAGAUCAUGUUAUAUAUUGAACAGAAGUAGGUGUUCAUUAUGUAUAGUGAAUAAUGGAUUUAUUCUUCUAUAAUUAUCCAUGAAGAAAAAUCUGUCAAGUUAGCAAUUGAAUGUAUGAGGAUGCUUAGGUAUAUUAUUCUGUUGAGGCUUUUAUGCAUUAAUUAAUGAGUAUUUAAUGACUUACAAUGAAUCUUGUCAAUAUUAUGAAUCAUUAUUAUAUUAAUGUUAGUUAGUUAAAGUACAAGUUAUGACUUAUUUUUUUUGUAAUUAAAAUUGUUGGUGAUUGUCAGUUUUGCCAUUUUUAUAAUAAUAUUUUCGUAUUAUUUAUAUUGAAACAUUCCUAUUAAAAUGAUACAUUCUAUUAUAUUUCUAUUUUGACUUUGAAAUAAAAUGAUACUGUUUUAGAAAA